AUGGCGGUGUUGUUGGAGGACAUAGUGAAGUCAUUGGAGCACUUGCUGAAGCUGAUCAGCAGGAACAGCCAGGAGCAGGCAUACGUGGACCCAACCCUCGACCCUGUCCUCUUGGUACCGGGGAUCGCCGGUUCGAUCCUUAAUGCCAUUGACCAGAAAACCGGUAAAGAGGAGCGGGUCUGGGUCCGGCUCCUUGGGGCUGACCACGAGUUUCGUACCAAGCUCUGGUCUAUCUUCAACCCUACUACAGGGAAAACAGUAACUUUGGAUGCUGAUACUCAUAUUGAAGUUCCUCAAGACAGAAAUGGCUUAUAUGCAAUUGAUACAUUGGAUCCGGACAUGUGGGGCUAUCAAGAGGGAACAACUCUCUUUGGAUUUGGAUAUGAUUUCCGCCAAAGCAAUCGGUUUCAAGAAACAAUGGAGGGCCUAGCAGUGAAGCUUGAGUCAGUGUAUACCGCAUCUGGGGGAAGAAAAAUCAACAUCAUAAGUCAUUCCAUGGGCGGUCUUCUUGUUAAAUGUUUCAUGAGCCUGCAUAGUGAUAUUUUUGAGAAGUAUGUGAAGAAUUGGAUUGCAAUAGCUGCACCAUUCCGUGGUGCACCAGGAUAUAUUACCUCUACACUUUUGAAUGGAGCAUCAUUUGUGGAAGGAUGGAAACAGAAUUUUUUUAUAUCAAAAUGGAGCAUGCACCAGAUGCUGAUUGAAUGCCCAUCAAUAUACGAAUUGAUGGCCUGUCUAGAUUUCCCUUGGGAACACAUUCCACUUCUGGAAAUCUGGAGGAAGAAGUCUGAUAGUGAUGGAAAUUCUACCAUAAUGCUAGAAUCUUAUCCUCCAAUAGAAGCUGUAUCAAUAUUUAUAGAGGCUCUUUCAAGCAACAAGGUUAAUUAUGAUGGUACUGAUAUUUCUUUACCAUUCAACUUGGAGGUUUUGAAGUGGGCUAACGAAACACAAAAAUUGUUGAGCUGUGCUAAGGUUCCCAAACACGUUAAGUUCUACAAUAUUUAUGGGACAAAUAAUGAGACACCACAUAGUGUUUGUUAUGGAAGUGAGGAUGCACCUGUAUCUGACCUGCAACAGUUACCUGCUCUCCUGGCCAAGUACAUAAAUGUUGAUGGUGAUGGAACUGUUCCAGUGGAAUCUGCUAAGGCAGACGGGCUUCAAGCAGAAGCAAGGGUUGGAGUCCCUGGAGAUCACCGUGGAAUUCUUUGUGAUCCUCACGUGUUCAGAAUUCUCAAGCACUGGCUGAUGGCGGACCAUGAUCCUUAUUACAAUCCAGUUAAUGAUUUUGUAAUUCUACCUACCUUGAUUGAAGUUGAAAGUCACAAUGCAAGAAGUGGCUUGCAAGUAACUUCGGUCAAAGAGGAUUGGGAAAUUAUUGGGGAAAACCAAGAAGACCAAGAACAAGACAAUAUAGUUGAGAAAAAUCCUUUCGUGGGUUCAAUAUCCAUCUCUUGUGUUGGAGGUGAUAAAUCCUUGCAGGAAGAGGCCCAUGCCACUAUUACUGUUCACCCCCAACACGAUGAUAAGAAGCAUGUUGAGUUAAAGGGCAUGUCUAUCUCAGCAAGGGCAUAA